CGUCCAAUUCAAGGAUAUUUUCAUCAUUGGGCCGGUAUAGCUAAACUAUAAAUACGGCUCCUCCUCGCCCCAAAUCUUCAUCUCGAUCACCAAUUGAAUUCAGCCAAACCUAAUCUCGCAGUUCCUGUUCUUUGAGAUUCUCGUUUCAAGAUGCAGAUCUUUGUGAAAACUCUAACAGGUAAGACCAUCACCUUGGAGGUGGAGAGUUCGGAUACCAUUGACAACGUGAAAGCUAAGAUCCAAGACAAGGAAGGGAUCCCACCAGAUCAGCAGAGACUCAUCUUUGCUGGCAAGCAAUUAGAGGAUGGUCACACCCUUGCCGACUACAACAUCCAAAAGGAAUCCACCCUGCACCUCGUUCUACGCCUCAGGGGUGGCAUGCAGAUCUUUGUCAAGACUUUGACUGGGAAAACCAUCACCCUUGAGGUCGAAUCCUCAGAUACCAUUGACAAUGUGAAGACGAAAAUUCAGGACAAAGAGGGUAUCCCUCCAGAUCAACAGAGGCUUAUUUUUGCUGGGAAACAACUUGAAGAUGGAAGGACCUUGGCUGAUUACAACAUCCAGAAGGAGUCUACCCUUCAUUUGGUGCUGCGAUUGAGAGGUGGCAUGCAAAUUUUUGUCAAGACCUUGACAGGAAAGACAAUAACUUUGGAGGUUGAAAGCUCAGAUACUAUUGAUAAUGUGAAAUCCAAGAUUCAGGACAAGGAGGGCAUCCCGCCAGAUCAGCAGAGGCUUAUUUUUGCUGGGAAACAACUUGAGGAUGGAAGGACCUUGGCUGAUUACAACAUCCAGAAGGAGUCCACCCUUCAUUUGGUGCUGCGACUGAGAGGUGGCAUGCAAAUUUUUGUCAAGACCUUGACAGGAAAGACAAUUACUUUGGAGGUGGAAAGUUCAGAUACUAUUGAUAAUGUGAAAGCAAAGAUUCAGGAUAAGGAGGGCAUCCCGCCAGAUCAGCAGAGGCUUAUCUUUGCCGGGAAGCAGCUUGAAGAUGGUAGAACUCUUGCUGAUUAUAACAUUCAGAAGGAGUCUACUUUGCAUUUGGUCUUGCGGCUUCGUGGUGGCAUGCAAAUUUUUGUGAAAACUUUAACUGGGAAGACGAUCACCUUGGAGGUUGAGAGUUCUGAUACCAUUGAUAAUGUGAAAGCAAAAAUCCAGGACAAAGAGGGUAUCCCACCGGACCAGCAGAGGCUUAUAUUUGCUGGGAAGCAGUUGGAAGAUGGUAGAACCUUUGCUGAUUAUAAUAUCCAGAAGGAAUCCACCCUGCAUUUGGUUUUGCGGCUCCGUGGUGGGAUGCAGAUUUUUGUCAAGACUUUGACAGGGAAGACCAUAACUUUGGAGGUUGAGAGCUCUGAUACAAUUGAUAAUGUAAAAGCCAAGAUUCAGGACAAGGAGGGUAUUCCCCCAGACCAGCAGCGGCUUAUUUUUGCUGGGAAGCAAUUGGAAGAUGGGCGUACACUGGCGGAUUAUAACAUUCAGAAGGAAUCCACUCUUCAUCUUGUCCUUCGUCUGCGCGGUUUGAAGUUUAUUUGUUACUCUGUUUGUUUCAAGUUGUGGAUUGUAGCCCUGUUUAGUGGCUGUUAUAAUGUUUCAAGUUUGGUGUAUGAACCUGCUCCUUAAUUUCUAAUAUUUCAUUUGAUCAAGUAGUAUCCUUGUGUUGUUUGCCUUA